UCUUGGUGUUGCGCCCACCCCGAAACCUGGGAAGUGGAAAGACUCUGCAAAUCGUUGGCAUGGGGAAUGUCCCCAUCACUACUUGCAACAAGGUGCUGGGUUGCGAUUUCGGUGGCGUCAGCGAAGUCUUCUGCCAUGCCAGUCGCAGCAUUCGUUACAAUGAGGAGGAUGUGCAGUUGGCACUCCGCGUUGUAUAUGCCCCGAUGGAGGAUGCAUCAGCAGAGUUUCUAAAAAUGGGUCAGGAGGUUUUGAUUGCUGGCAUCAAGAAGGUGCAAGGAUGGGACCCUUUGACUUGGCGACAGGAACGCGUUGCCCGGCAGCAAGUCACCGGGCAGACUUCACAGCUGUGGCCAUCCCUUUCGGAGUCGCGUUUUGGGAGGGCUCAUCGCGCUUGGUCGGUUGAAAUAUUGGCAUCGGACGGCCGUGGUGGUGUUCGCAACCUGCCCGGAUUGCUUCAGGUGGCUCAUGCCCGGAAAGACCGUGAACUUGAUAAGGUUAAGGGCGCAGUGCAAGAAAUCAGCACUGUGGCCAACUAUGCGCGGCGAUUCAACCAUCACGUUGCAGAAUUGGCUGGUGAAGAUCCGGAUGUUCCAGCGAUCCGAGUGGCCACAACCGUUGCAUGCUUUGUUCUUGACGGCGUCAAUCCUGAGAUCGCUGAUGCCGGCGAUACUCUUCUAUUGACCCUUUUUGAUGCCAAGAAUCUUACAAAGUUUGUCUUCGAAGGUGCAGAGGACUUCCUGGAACUGCCUCAAGCCUUCUUCCACUUCGUGCUCUGGAGUUCAGGUGGUAAGGAACUUGUGGCCGACCUUCAGGGAAUACAACAAGAGCGGGAUUUGCUGCUUGUUGAUCCUGUCCUCCUCACCACUGGCGAUUUAGAUAUUUCAGAGCUGCUAAGCCUGGCAACGAGUACUGGUACGGGCUCAGACUUCCAGACCUGCAACCGCAAGAGGUUCAACUUGUGGCAUCCGCGUUGCGCUCAAUUGUGCCAAAGCUUCGAUCCUCAACGGCGAGGAGGAAACACCAGGAGAGCCUGUGGAGUCCCUUUGCCUAAUUGUGGAGUGGGCGGUGGCUGAGCCCUUGCUGAGCGACAGAAGUUUGGAUGUAGGAACAAGACGGAACAAGGAUUCAUGCAAGAACU